AUGCGCGAAGCAGGGCCGUUAGCCGGAAGCCUGGCUGAGGUGAAGACGCCGGAGGUCGCCAUGGCGAAUAAGUCCCGUCUCCGCGUCAAACUUCAUAGUCUGAACGAAGACCAACAAUGGACUGAUCUAGGCACUGGGUACGUCUCCUCUGCCUACGUGGAACGACUCCAGGGCGUGUCUCUGCUAGUUCAGUCAGAGUCCAACGGCUCACUGAUCUUGGAGUCAAAGAUAAAUACAAACACUCCGUAUAAGAAGAAACGGGGCCUAUUGAUAGUUUGGUCUGAAGCUGAGAACCAUGGAAUGGCAUUGAGUUUCCAGGACACAGCCGGGUGUCACGAGAUCUGGGAAGACAUUUGCCGGGUUCAAGGAAUAGACCCAUCCGUCGACAUCACACAAGACUUCUUGGAUAUUUCAGAAGAUGAAUUUGAUGAAAUUCCAGAAACUAGUAAUAUGGUUGACCUCCCGAACUGUGAACUCGGUAAGCUUAAACAGAUUGCUACCAUAGUUACCUCAGCUCUCACUUCGCCUAUCCGUAAGGAAAGGCUGGCCCUGAUCUUGGAAAAUGAGGACUAUAUUAAAAAGCUACUGCAGCUGUUCCACACUUGUGAGAGCCUAGGAGACACUGAAGGCUUACAGCAUUUGCAUGUAAUUAUGAAAGGAAUCUUAUUCCUCAACAAGACGUGUCUGUUCGAGAUAAUGUUUUCUGAUGAGUGUAUCAUGAAUGUGGUGGGGUGCCUUGAAUAUGACCCUGCUUUGGCUGAGCCAAAAAGGCACAGGGAAUUCUUGACCCAAAAUGCAAAGUUCAAGGAAGUGAUACCAAUAACAGACUGUGAACUUAGGCAAAAAAUACAUCAGACGUACAGGGUGCAGUACAUUCACAACAUCCUUUUCCCUGUACCAUCCGUAUUGGAAGAGAAUUGUCUUUCUACUAUCGCAAAUUUUAUUUUCCUCAACAAGGUUGAGAUAAUCCGCAUGAUACAGAAAGAUGACAAGUUUUUGCCUCAAGUUUUUUCACAGUUGAAGGAUAAGACUACAGAUGAUGAUAAACGGCGUGACUUGGUAUUUUUUUUCAAGGAAUUCUGUUCAUUUUCUCAGUCAUUGCAGCCUCAAAGCAAAGGUGCACUAUUCAAAACAUUGACAAAAUUGGGAAUUCUUCCUGCUCUUAAAAUUGUAAUGAUCCUGGAUGACUUGCAAAUAAGGUCAGCUGCUACUGACAUACUUGCUUAUCUAGUGGAGUAUAGUCCAUCCAUGAUCCGAGGAUCAAUGCUACAAGAAUACAAGCGGAACGAAGACUCUAAACUGUUCAUUAAUUUACUAAUUGAACAAAUGAUCUGUGAUACCGACCCUGAGCUAGGAGGUGCUCUUCAUUUAAUGGGACUUCUUCGUUCUCUACUUGAUCCAGAAAACAUGGUGGUGACACCUAAUAAAUGUGAAAGAACUGAAUUUCUACAUUUCUUCUAUAAACAGUGUAUGCAUAAACUCGUAGCACCACUUUUGGCCACUACAGAAGAUACAUGUGAAAAGGAUAAUAUACUUGGAACUGACAAAAACAGCAAAGAUUGCCUCGGUGCUGUUCGCUUUAUGAGAAGAAUAAUUGGCCACAAAGAUGAACUUUAUAAUCGUUACAUCAUCAAGGGAAAUCUCUUUGAGCCAGUUGUAAAUGCUCUUCUGGAUACUGGAACUCGGUACAAUAUGUUGAAUUCAGCUAUUAUUGAACUGUUUGAAUACAUAAGAGUGGAAAAUAUCAAGUCUCUUGUCACAUAUAUAUUUGAAAAGUUCUAUAAAACACUCGAAUGGAUUGAAUAUGUACAGACAUUCAAAGGUUUGAAGAUUAAAUAUGAAGAAGAAAAAGACCGACAGAAUAAAAUACGGAAGAAUCUUCAUUACACCCUGUAUAGUAAAAUAUUUCACAGAAGUACCAGAGCCUUGGAGAAGAAAGAAACCUGUUCUAAAGAAAAUACGCAGAAAGUAGAAACAAUUAUGGAACCAUCGAAAAAUGAUACAUUUACAGAGACUAAAAAUCCAGAAGAAAAUGAAGAAAAUCUAGAUCUUCCUAAAACAACAUCAUCUGGUGGCUACAAAGUUACUUUUUCCAAUUCUGCUGGUCCUGUUAAUAGAACAGGUAACCCAACCUGUAGUAGAGUAGUUGGCUUGGUGGAUUAUCCAGAUGAUGAUGAUGAUGAAGAAAUGGAAGAUGAAAUGCCUCCCGGGAAAAGACCACAUCUGGACCCAUAA